ACAGGCGCAGCUGACACGGCACCGUGGAGUCUUCAGGUGACAGCCGGACCGAGCUGUCACACUCCAGCUGUGACAGCUGCAGGAAGUUUACUGCGCAUGUGCGGUGUGUCCGGGAGCCGCUGAGAGGAUUUUAAACCGAGCCGGACUCGCAGGGCUGACUCCGUGGAAACUCUGAAAGAACCGCAGGAAAACUCGUCCACCGUGACUCAUGCCGGCUGUGGCACCAACACGUCACCUACCGGAGGACUGAAGGGGCGGGGCUGCUGCUGCGCGUCAUGGAGCGUUCGUAGGAGCAGCGAGACAGACGUGAGCAGGAACAGCUCCACCACAGAGGCCCGGAUCGACCUGUGAUCAUGCGGACACGGAGAAACAGGAGAGGGCGUUUAGAGCACUUCCUGUACUGUCAGCACUCCAGGCUGAAUCAUCUGAAACAGGAAGUUCAAAGGUGUGGGUUGGAGAACCAGUACAUCGUCAGUGAAGACAUCCCUCCGUACCCCCGACCCGAGUUCCACGUGAGCCGUGUCAAACACGACACGGAGCGACGCGGCUUGUGUUGCAUCAGGGUGGACGACGGCUUCGGGGACCCUCACUGUCAGGUCCUGGUGUGGUGGAGUCUGGCUGUGGGACGCGAGGAGAUCCAGGAGGCCGAGACGAGGCUGCUAGAGGAGACCUGCCCAAACCGGACGGAGGAGCAGGCCGCGAGGCAGCGGAGCUUCCUGUGGAGGUUCGCCUCCUCUCCGGCCUUCAGCGAGAAGUCCAGGCUGGGCUCGUACCGCUUCACCUUCCCCCUGCAGGAGGUGCUGAGCGCCUACAGCCAGCAGUUUUGCUCCGGAGCUCCGCCCAUCAUGAGGGUGUUCAAGACCUCGCUGUACAAACAGGAAGUGCAGUACUCUGUGCUGGUCCACAGCCCGGCCAAUCAGGAGCUCUUCUCAAGGUUUCCUUUGCUCCCUGAUGAUGACCCGGACGCCGUCUGCGCUUAUAGAGACGGACGCUUCAUCUGGAGACCGGAGGCCAUGUGUAAGACACACAGCUACGAGUUGAUCCGAGGACCUGACGAGAACCAGAUGGACGCUCGGGGGCCGAUGAAGCACCCAGAGUUUUAUGUGUGGGAUAACGUCGCCGUCGCCCUGCACGUGGACAGACAGGUGCUGAGGUUUGAUCCUGAUCAGCUGAGAGAAAACCUGAGGUUCUGCUGGAGGGACAACAGGACAAUCAUACCCCGAACACACUUUGAUCACUUCUGCAGAGCCUACUCCCUCCUUAGACACCUGUGGCCCAGACACUCCUGGCUGGAGAAGGAGCCCCCACUCCGGCCUACCUGAGGCAAUGAAUCCACAUUUCUCCUGACAGCUGCCUCCAGUGGACACUAGGAGAACUGCAGUCUUUGUUUUCUGAUACGUGAAUUAAAAAUACUCUAGUAAAAGUAAAA